AAACAUGUUCUACGAUGCGACUUCUGUAGCGCUUGCAGGACGACGUCUUCGCUGGCCUCUUUCGAUGAUGACCACCCUCCGCCGUACGCCAUACUCUCGCACAACUGGACCGAAGGACAGGAGGUUACAUAUAAUGAAUUGGUAGCUGGUGCAGGCAAGAACAACUCAGGCUACGCUAAACUCCGCUUUUGCGGUAGACAAGCGGCGAGAGAUGGCCUUCAGUACUUCUUGGUAGAUACCUGCUGCAUUGACAAAUCAGGAAGCCAGGAGCUAAACACAGCGAUUAACUCUAUGUUUCGAUGGUACCAGCGUGCGGCUAAGUGUUACGUUUACCUCGCGGAUAUCUCUAUGUUAGAGGAGGUU